CGCGGCUGCCGGCUGCGGGCAGAGACAGCUGCGUGACUGCUUUUCGCGUGUAGGGUUGAGCCCUAACCUAACCUGAUGCGCGCCACUCCUCGUGCGGCGCUCCCCUCGCUCGCUUCCCCUGCGCUCACCCAGAGCCUCACCACCACCAGCAGCUCCACAUGGACCGCGGCCUCUUCCCGCCCGCGCGUCUCUGCGUUCUCGCUGCGGGCCCGGCCGAGCUCGCGGCUGCAUCCGUCUUUGCAAUGCACCGCGUCGCCGCCGAGCUCGUUCUCUCGCCGACCGCAGAGGCCGUCUGGAUCGACGCCCGCGGCAGCUUCUCCGGCCUCGUCCUCCGCGACGUCGUCACCGCCCAUCUCCGCGACUCCGCCGACGAGUCCAUCACCGGCGACUCUGUAUGCGACCGGGUCUCUGUCGUGCGCGUGUUUGAUCCCACAGGUCUGCGCGAGACGGUCGCUGAGCUGGAGAAAGAUACCACCGCCCCGCUCGUGCUCGUGCUCGACUCCUUCUCCGCCCUCUUCUCUCCCCACACCGCCCUCCGCCACCGCGAAAUGGCCGACGCGCUCGCCCAGCUCGGAGACGUCGUGCGUGCCCGUCAAAUCAUUGCUUUUCUGCUAUCGUCCGCGGUCUCGGCUCUGCCGUCUGAUCCCGUGCAGUCGCAGUUCGGCGCCGUCGCGCUCAAGCCCGCGCUCGGUCUCUCGUUCUUAUACACCAUCGACCUCUGCGCGCUCGUCUAUCGCGAAGCAGACUCGGACUCGCUCAUUUUUGAGGUUGUCGCUGAUCGGUGGCAGGCGUCUGAAGGUCUACUCCUUCCGUUUCGUUUAGUGCGUCUUGUUCUCUCUUUUCUUCUUUUUACUCUAUCUAACCCACGUAGAACGAUUCCCAGCUCGAGUUUGUAUCUUAACAUUCUCUAUUCCAGCAUUACUCACACACAACAAAAACAUCAAAAAUAACAAAUUUCCCGUGUCAAAAUACCAAAUACAACACACUACCACGCAGCACGAAUCGGCUUGUGCGUCCGCGCCUUCGAGUUU